GAUAGGGUGGAUAUGGUUGUUGAUAUCUAUGGUGAGGUCGGUGUUGAUGAUAGUGAUGAUGAUAAUGAGGUCUCGAGCGGAGAGUAUCUAUUGGUUCUUGAGGUAGUGAGUUUGAUCUUGCUUGAAGAAGAGAGUUGCAAGCGUGCAAAUCGUUCGCCUCCUUCCAUCGCAACUAUAUAGC